CUUCCAUCGAAUGCCACGUUGGGCUUUAAACAUGCGAAAAUGGCGUCCCCGCGAGCACUGCAGCCCUCCCGACGCCUCCUUGCGCGCUCUUCCAACCCCAAAGACAUCGCGAACCUCCAAUUGCAACCCGAGGGGCGCUCAACACCGCUCCCACAAUACGAGAAGACUCAGUCCGUCCCCUUCACGUUAACCCUGCAAGAGGAGAAGAGCAACCCUGGCCAAUUCCAAUUGGUCGUCAACAUCGACCCCGAGCACCAGAAGGCGGACGGGAGCCCGCCGGAGCCCGCGGCGUCAAAGAAGCUGUUCGCCAAUCUUCAAGCCUUUCCCAGUUUAGGCUAUGAUGUCUCCCCGCUCUAUCAAACGCAGAAGUCGAGUCCCCCAACCAGCCCUCAACAAGACCCGCAAGGUUGGUCAGAUUUGGAUGCCAUACCGCCUGACUUCCUGCAAAAGGUCGUGCCGGAUUGGAAUGUCACAUUUGAGCGGAGCGCUUCGACUGCGUCCUCCCAUUCUCAAUCGCGAAGGCUAGCGGAUAUCAAGGCGAGGAUAAAGAAGAGCGGGAGGGGGUUUGUUGUUCGGCUGCUGAAGGGAUCGAGUCCUGAGACUAAUGAGGUUGCGGAGGUACACCUGGGACAAACUUCAGGCAAUGACCCUGCGCUCGCUGAGCUGGACUCAACCCCGCGGGUCGAAUUAGACGCUACUGAGAUCCCCAGCGUGUCACCCAUCGACCAGACAACCCCAAUCAACCACCACCCAACUGUAUUUGAGAUUGGAACCUCAAGCGAACCCGGCAUAAGACUAUCGCAGACACCACCGCUGGAUUCUCCUGUACCUGAUGGUCGUAUGUCCUCAAUUCCCCGGUGGCUUAGUCAAACAACGACGGACAACCGCCAACGGAACUCCAUCUCAGAGGAAGGCUUAAGCGAUGCUGAUACCUUGAUCCCAGAAAUCAGAUCCUUGGCGGAGCGAAUAGACGAUGAUCCGACAGACUUAGAGCCGUUUUCUACGAGUAGCUCCAGAUUUCCUACCCGGACAACUUCAGUAUCGAGCAUUGUUAAGACGCCUACUCGUGGUCUUUCGGUCGUUGGUCCUGUACGGAGAGCGGUCAAGGGACGCACUGGAGCUGGGAAAUCAGCACGCCUCAAUUUAAACAGAUCCGACGCCAAGAAGUCGUUCAAACGUCGCUCUCCUCACGAUGCUAAUACCACAUUUGCCUCGGGCAGUUCCGUGCUACUCCCGCCCGCCCCUGUUACCCAAGCUCUUCGACACAGGCCGCGCCGAAGCCAAACCGAGCUACUAGAAGAGUUCGUAUCUCAAGAUUCUGGUGCUUUACAUCACACCGCCAGAGACAGGCUAGGCAAGAAGGACAGAAUAGCUCGCCGGUCCUCCGUAGAGGAAGCGCCCACAUCUGCUAAGCAGAAGGCUCGGUUAAGGCUGGAAACAAACGUCCCCCGUACAAAAUCUGCGAACAACUCGCCUAUACUCCGACGCAAACGCUCUCCCCGCAUUCAUCAACCAUCAUCAUCCAGUUCAUCAGUUCACUUCGCGGAGGAACAUCAGAACAUCCCUUCUCCAGCUUGGUCGGAAGUAGAUGCGUCCGAGGAACUCCGAAACGCUUUAGAGAGGGCCUUUGAGAACAAUGCAGAUGAUGCAAGCCAUAUACAUAAUCCAACACCAAUAAUGUCGGUACCGCGCAUCGAAGAACCGAUUGAUAUGGAUAGCGUCGGCGAAAUUCCAUUUCCGCCAAAUCUUGAGAUUCGCUCAGCACCCGUCAAUACGAAGAAUCCCUUUCUGACCUUCUUGGGUCUAGCGCUGAGCGCACUUUCAGAUAGAGCGUUUGAAGGGCUGCAUGCGUUACGAGAAAGGUAUGGUGGAGAACCUCCAGUACCUCCGGGCCACGUUAGAGUCCGUUGGACAUGUUCUUGCGGUGAACAGUUGUACGACGAUUUCAUCGAACGUCGUCGCGGUGCCGCCCGCCUUCUCGAAGCCUACCUCAACCGCCCAAGAGCCCACACCCCUACUAGUCCAGCCGGUAGAACCAGCACUUCCUCAACCAUGUCCUCGGUCUUCAGCUCCGUCAGUACAGCAUCCACGCUCGCCACUCCAUCAUCCACAUACGGCGGACCCUCAUCUUGGGGUAAAGGCAAAGAGUCCUCAAAAUACAGCCCUACCCGCCUCCGCAGCACUAAUCCGUUUAGUGUGCGGAUUCCUUCGUAUCAUGAGGAACAGUGGCUACUAACUUGCGCAAACGAGGGGCGCUUCACCCCCAAGAUCGUCCACAUUGAUGUCAACAAAGGGAAGAUAACGAGCGAUAAGGACCUAGCGUUGGCCCUCAGGGCACAUUAUGAACAUUUGAAUAAUAAGUGGUUGAAGUGGGCGAAGUUAAGGGGGCUAACUACGAUCGAGUUUGUGCAGUUCGAAGUCCACCGUAACCGCUUUGCCGACAUUCGCGCUAGCCCUUCCAUGCCACCAACCUCAUCCACCACCGCCACCUCCAUCACAUCAUCCACAUCUGCAUCCACAUCCGAAUCCACAUCCGAAUCAAAAUUCCCCUCCACACACCCUUACUCCUUCGAGCCCAUUGAUCUCAUGCCCCCCGUUGGAUCCACCUACCUCCUGCACCUCUUCCGUCACCCAACCGACUACGACAACGAGCUCAUCACGUACCAACGCUCGCCCAAACGACGAGAACGACUCGAAUCCGGAAUGGGAUGGGGCCUCAACUUGGUCGAAGGGUUUAUAGCUCAAAAGGUGUGGGCGGUGAUGUUUAUGGGGUUUGGGGUUGGCAGCGCAGUUUUUGGGAUUGUGUGGACGGUGAGGUUGGGGGAUGUGCAGGGCGCUUUUGGGGUUGCUGGGUGGGUGGUCACGCUUGCUGGCUUGGUGCUGGGUGGAUUGCAGGCUUGGUUGGAGUAAGUGGUAGGGUGGGGUAUUCAGGACUCUUACGGGAAGUUAUUCGGGAGGAUUCGAGCGAUUGAGGCUCUUGCUGGGGUUGGGGGAGAUGGCAAUAGUCUGCAGGCUUCUACCCUGAAACAUGCUAUAUUAUAUUUCACAUGAGGUAGGAUUCGGAUCCAGAGCUUUCGGGUUGCAAAUGCUAUGAGUGGAUUAAGGAAAGUGGGAAGACAAAUGUUAUCGUCGUUCAAUUUCAGUGUUUCAGGACGUAAAUCAGUUCCUGCAAGUCAUCCAUCGAGUUAUAGCAAUUCGUUUAAGAGAUCAAUACUACUUUAUUCAUAUUUC